AUGUUUGGACAGGUUGUUCGAGACGGCAGCGAGAAAGAUCGUGCUCGCCUCACAACCCCUUGGCCCCUCACUGUCUGCGACUCGAAAGUGAAGGGGGCAGGAAAAGGCGUGUGGACCAAUGCUCAUCUCCCAGCCCAUCUUGUGUUUGGUCCGUAUGAGGGCCGUGUCCUAUCUGGCCAUCCGGAAGCCGGUAAAGAAUCUGGCUAUGGCUGGAAGAUUCGAGGUACUGGAACAAGGAAUACGUGCAUUGAUGCUGUAGACAGUGCAGUUAGUAACUGGAUGCGUUACGUCAACUGUUCAAGAACUGAAGCUGAGACCAACCUAUCUACAUUUCAGUACAAGGGGCAGAUCUACUACAAGACGGACUCUGCAAUUAGCAGGGGGAGCGAGUUGAUGCUGGUACGGAGACGAUUACGGGAAGGAUCUGGGUCUGUCAAGAGAGCCGUCCAAGUGGAAACCAGCGAAAAAAGAUAUCGGCAGUGCGAAUGGUGUGGCUUAGUCUACAGCUCGAAAGAUUAUCUAACGCGUCAUCUAAAAGUGUGCAGAAAGCGUGUUCACACUUACACGCCGCCAAUUUGCUCCACGCGAGGAACCAGCAGCAGUAGUGGCUCAACCAAGCAGUGUUUGCGAGAAGAGGCGCCGCAAUUCCCGGAAAAGGCGUCUCAUGAGACACUGCGUUCGCCAGCAUCCGAUGAAUAUAAUACUGAGUGUUCAGUUUGUGAUUACAAGUGUGAAUGUUCUGAUAUCCUAAAUCAACAUGUGUUAAUACACAGUGGAAAAAAAUUGUUGGAGUGUUCUGAGAGUAGGAACAGAUUUGCAGACAGUGAUAAGCAGAAGGAAACCCAAAGAAUUCUACCAGACGAAAGGCCGUUCGAGUGUUCGAGUGUGGAAAAAGACAUCUGA